UUGUUUCUCUUCCCUACAACCAUUGCUCUGGAGUCCGUCAAAUCCCCUGUAUCUUCGGUGGACCAGCUCCAGUUUCCCGUCAUCUGCAAACGACGGUCCGCCUGUUCCUCGACGGAAGCCCAUCAGAUGACUGUCAUUCCUACACUAGCUGAUUUGCAUCAUAUUCAGGGUUACGGCGAUACGGAACCGGUCAUUUUGCAAGAUUUUAUCCCACAUGAUGGGGUUAUUGUUAAGGUGUACGUUAUUGACGGAAAAAUGCACAUUUCCACUCGUCCAUCCUUUAAGAAUACCUGCACAGAUUCGGGCAAGUCAUCUAAAAAAAGAAAAACCGGAAAAUUUCAUUCCCGUGUUUUGAUCCAUUUCGACAGUCAACAGCUGCCCAAAACAUUCGCUGAUGAACCACCCAACGAUAUAUCCAAAGACCUCCAACAAUGUCUCCUCACUCAGGAUAAAAAUCAUAUGCAUGAAAUCAAAGAGCAGGCUCUUGAUUACGAACGAUUACAGAAAAUCACAGAUUGUCUUUGGGAAAAUUUGGGAUUGACCUUUUUUGGUUAUGACAUUCUUUUGAAAUCCGAAAGCAACGAAUAUUACAUCUGUGAUGUCAAUUACUUUCCAAGUUUCAAGAAUGUGCCCAAUUUCCAUUGCUUAUUUAUACAGGUUUUGAAAAAUCGACUAGGCAUGUAA